UCACUUCAGGCGGUGUCAAAGAUCCGAGAGUUCAUCCUCCAGAAGAUUUACUCCUUCAGGAAGCCAAUGACAAACUACCAGAUCCCCCAGAACACUCUGCUCAAGUACAGAUUUUUCUAUCAGUUCCUCUUGGCCAAUGAGAGAACAGUUGCUAAGGAGAUCAGAGAUGAGUAUGUGGACACGAUGAGUAAGAUUUACUACAGCUACUUCAAGUCGUACAGCGGCCGGCUGCUCAAAGUGCAGUAUGAGGAGGUUGCAGACAAAGAUGACCUGAUGGGAGUAGAAGACACCGCCAAGAAAGGUAUGCUUUAAACUGUGUGUGAGUGUUUGUGUAUAAGUGAGCCUACUUACAUACAAAGGUAUAUACAUAACUAAACAAAAUAACCCUC